AUGGCUCCCAAGCGUGCAAACCAACAAGGCGCCAUCAGCCAAAUGUACACUAGCCUCGCCUCGCCCGACAACCGCUCCGUCGUCACCGCCGUCGCCUUCUUCGCCGUAAGUGCUGUCUGCAUUACGCCUCCUUCUCGAGAAGCAUCUUGGUCAUUGCAAGAGGAGGAAUACAGACUGCAGAAGAAACAGAAACGUCCGAGCUAUGCUUUUGAAGGAGGGGUGCAAUGCUUGAGAUAA